AUGUGCGCCCGCAAUACCAAACGUCCAAUAAGCGUCCAUCGUUCGGCCGUCUGGCAGCCAUUUUAUCCGGCCGAAGUACGCCGGAUGUUACUGAGACUGCACGAAUGUGACGUAGCAACGUUCGCGGAGGAUGAAACUGAGGAAGGGCUGUCGUCAUGGGAGUAUUGCGGAUCAUCCUGGAAGAAGGAUCCAGGAGACAUAUUUUCGGGAAAAGCAAGGGCUGAUAGCGCGGCAGAGACAACGCUGCGCUCGUUUGGCGAGACGACGGAGCAGACUGUCGCGACGACGCCGAGAGGCCGCGAUAGAGGACGCGAGACCGUAGUAGUCGACGGCGGUCGGGCCCAAAUCUACUUAGCAGCGUGGAAGAGUUACCCAGGUGACCUCCACCUAGAUAAGACAUCGUGGGCAUUGCGCGGAACUAAUCAAAAUUGGGGAGUAGUGGCGAGAAAUCGGGAGCCGCAGGAGUUCCCUCUUUCUAAAAGAGUUCAACACGAAGAUCUUUUGAACUCAUUUAUAGGAAUAGACAUUUCAGACGCUGUUUCACCCAAAGAGAGUGGAGCAGCCGCUCCCAACAGCCCAUGCUCUCCUGCUGAAACAGACGCAGCGGCAGCAAUAGUAGCGCCAUCGAACGAGCAACAAGAGCAGCAAACACAGCAAUCCUACCAACAUCAAACGCAAUACCAACAGCAACAUAUAGCUGGAAAUAUCGCAACCGCUGCAUCGCACGUUGCUGAGGACAGUGGAGCUCCCUGUGAGAUGCGGAGGACACCACCGCAAACUAAAGUCGACAGACCGGGAACUGGGCAGUCUGGAAGCUCGCCGAGGGUGACGCUCCGACUUAACCAGGUGCGAAGUGCAAGGGAUGAGAAAAAAGGAGGUGGUACUCCAAAUUUUCGCCAGGGCAACGUGAGCAUACAGGGUCAAGGCUCAAUGGAGACUUCAUCAAAGGUUUCUGUCAACGUGUUGGUAAACUCGAACACCGCUUCAGGCACUGGCACUGCGUCGUCGUCUGCUGACGGUGGUGACGUAUACGAAUUUAAAAGCUCGAAAGAGCCGACUCCAGUGAGAGGUGCGAGCUCGUCUCCAAAUCCUAAUCCGGACAAAGAGAAAGAUGUUGGCAGCAAAUCCUCAAAUGGUCAAAGUAGCCAGACUGGUGGAAAUAAUCCAUCUACUAUCAGUAACUCGUCGACAUCUGUCAGUGAAGCAACGAUGGCAUCAUUGACUUCCACCGACGAGGUCUCAACGUCUUCGCCAUCAGCGAAACGUAUCUUUGAAGGCGAAAAUUCGGAGGAGCAAGACGAAGAGAAUCGGCGGAAAAAGCGCAAGGAUUCUGAAGGCGUGAAAGAUAACACAAAAAGUAACCCGACAGGAAGGCAGAGUACUGGUAGAAAUGCUACCAGUAGUGGAGAAAAGUGUAUUAAAUCUAGUAAGCAAGGAUCUGGAACGGCAUCUGGUAAAGGAAGUCAAAAUACGAGCUCUAAUGCGGACAGAAAGAGUCCCAGUGCUUCUUCAAUGGCCAGUAGCCCGAAACCUUCAAAUACUUCUAGUUCGACGAAUGCGAAGAACGGAACCCCGGCGCCACCCGAAUCUGACAGCGAGGAAGAUCGAUCGAAAUGUUUGGAUUCUAAUUCUGCCCCCAAAGUACCGCCUUUAAAGAUAGUUAUUCCGCAGAGUACGGCAUCGGAACAAGAGCAAGGCAAUAGGAAUGGUAAAAAUGUUGCAAAUAGAAGUCAUCAGUUGCCUUAUGUAGUCGCUAGUUCAAAUAGCAACGAUUCGAUCGAGAAAGAUCAAAGUCAAUCAACUAGUGGUACAACUAGUCCAACGGAAGGUAGUGUCAGUACAAAAGGAGAAGACAAGAAAGACUUUAGUGGGACUGUGCAUGGAGAAGAAAGAUUACAUCAUCAACGUGUAUUGAGAAGUUCACAUAGGUAAGACUCGACUAUGUGUCUAUUUCUUCUGUUUGAUUUCA